UCUGAAGAAGAUACCCGCUGAUGUGGAUCUACAUCCUCUGUGUGACAGACACUGAAAGAAUGUGCCAACCCAGUGAAAACAUCCUGAACACAGCCCUGACCCCGACCUGCGUAUCAUAGCAACAGGUUCAAACAAAAGAGGAAAAGAUGGCGACGCGGAGGGAGGAAGACGCUGCUGUUUAUCUGGAGAAACACAAACUCAUCGAGCUUAUGGACAACCUGACUAGCAUGCUCUUCUUUUACAGACCCGAGAAACCCCGAGAGUUUCUUAUUGAAAAACUGGAGCAGCUGAAGCUGUCUCAACAGAGUGGUGUGAGGGGGCCAAAUCUGUUCGAUGACUCUAACCUGGAUGUAGUCUUUAGGAUUAUGGACCCUGAUAAUAAACAAUACAUCACUUUUGCCCAGUACAAACAAGCUUUGACAAUGAUGGGCAUAAAAGACAUCAAUGAAUGUCCUGAUGGUGUAAAUGAAGACCGGAUAUCCCAUGAGACGUUCAAAACAGAAGCGACACAAGGUCUGGAGAGGUGCUCAGCAACUUAUGUACAGCUGUGAAGUGUUGAUGUUUUACUGACAGUUGCAUUUUGGUUCAAGUAUCUAGCCAUCAUUUUUACAGCACUGAUGUUUGUACAUCAGAGCAGAAUUUCUUCUCAAAAGAAAUUCUGUUUAUAUCAUACCGCAUCAUUCUGAUUUUGAAAAAUGAAGUCCCCCUUUGUCAUUGUUAUGAUAAAAUGAAACAAAAAAUAUAAAUCCAGCCCAGCUUUGAACUGUUUAGUUUGAAACGUUAAAAUGUCUAUGUCUAUCUUUAUCUACCAAUAAAUUCAAACCAAAAAAGGCACAGCA